AUGAAGUUUCACACGGCGCCUUCCCUCUUCGUCGCGCCUCCCCCUCCUCACGUUCCCGGCGGUAGCGCGCCGAUUUCUGCUCGUAGCGCGCUUAGACCCCACCCCCCCCCCCCCCCCCCCCCCCCCCCACCUCCCCGCCCCCUCCCGUCUCCUCGUACGUACUUGUGGCACGGCCUUCCCACAAGUCCGCCCCUUCACCAUCCUCCUCCCCUCCUCUCUUCCUCUCAAUCCCCUUCCACUCUUUCACCCCCCUUUUCCUCCACCUCUUUUCUCUCCUCAUCUGCUACAGCUGGUGGCUGA